UGCGCCAAUUGCGUACGAGACUUAAGCGGCUAAGCGCCCCAGCAAGAAUUGCGAAGUAAGAUCGGUGGGAACGAGAACAGAAGUGCAUGUGGAGGUGGAUAAUUAAAAUAAAUUUACACUUUUAACUUGGACGACUCAUGAUCCCUGCAAUCGAUUUCCUCUGUGAGGAAAUAAUCAUAAAAUUUGUACGAAUUAUACAUGAUAUACGUGCAGGUGUUUGUAGACUUGUGACGCAAGUGUAGUAGGCAGUGUGUAAAACAACUUUGUUUGCAACGCUAUGUGCCGUUCUGUGACAUUAUGACGAUUUGACAUCUCUACGCAAGACAUCCACGACUUCCAUCACGUAGAGAAGCAGGUGGUGAAGAUGCUUGAUUAACUUCUUGAAGAUUGUCAACAGAAUUUUCACCUUACAAAAUGAGAAACGUUAUUGACGAAUCGGUUGUUGCGUAGCCGACUGCAUAAAUGGAAAAUACCGCAAUGGGGGAAAUAACAAGAUCUAAGUCGGGCAUGAGCUCGCCCAUUCCUGUACCUGUGAUGAGUAACAGGCUGUCUGGCCAUGACUUUAUACCUCAUGGGCAGAGUAGUGAACCUGGUAGUAGAGUAAUGACACCUGGGGGUUCAGGUAGCCGCAUGUCUGAAGAGAAGAAGUCCAGACGGCCUAGCUUGCACGUGUGCCUCCCGAAACAGCACUCUAGUGACUCUGUGAGCUAUAGCCCUACAUCUCCAGGAAUUUCAGGAUGGCUGGACAAUUCAUCUACUAGAAUGGGUGAUUCACCAAUGUCUGAUAAGCUUCAACCUAUAGAUCCGAAUUCAAAACUGACCAGGAAGGAAUCGUACAAAGCCCAGCGGAAAAACUAUUGUCGGGAGAAAAAGAGAGUUGCCAAUGAGCUUUUGAGUUCUUUAAAGGAUCCCUCUGUUGUGGUGCUAGCUGACUGGCUAAAAGUUCGAGGUACACUGAAGAGUUGGACAAAGUUAUGGUGCAUUUUAAAACCAGGUCUUCUUUUAUUGUACAAAAGUGCCAAAGCAAAGAGCAAUCAUUGGGUCGGCACAGUGUUACUUAACACCUGUCAAGUUAUUGAACGCCCUUCCAAAAAGGAUGGAUUUUGUUUUAAGCUUUUCCACCCUUUAGAACAGUCCAUAUGGGCACCACGAGGACCUGAGAAGGAAACAAUAGGUGCUGUUAUUCAGCCAUUACCUACUUCGCAUCUGAUAUUCAGAGCUCCUUCUCAGGCUGCUGGCAAAUGCUGGUUAGAUGCUUUAGAACUGUCCUUGCGCUGUUCAUCUCUAUUAGUGCGCUCCAUGAGCACGAAAUCUGGAGGACAAGAUUCCACAGCCAAUCAUGAAACACAGUGGAGUGAAGCUGAUUAUGAGAAACAUUUUACAGAUCAUGAAGCUCUAGUUUCAAUUGCUCGUCUUUUGCAAAGCUUUUGCCCUCGUACGCCUAGCCCCUUACAGCAUAAACUUCUUCCAAAACUAGAUACUUUGGCUGUUUCUUCGUCUGCUGGGCCAAGCCCCAGCCCAUGCCCCUCCCCGAGUCCGUUCUUCCAGCAACUCUACCAUGCUGUAGCAUUUCUGGAACGUGAGUGGAUGAACAGUCCCAACGCUUGCGUGAGCCCCAGCCCAGUACAUCUCGCAGACUCUGACCAACCUUCUCCUCCCAAGGACGAUGAGGCUUCUGAUGAAGUUGGUGAGAUCCCUUGUCCUCAAGUAACAGUAGUACCCUGCCCUGACCAUGCUGCAGAUUUGGACGACAUAAGCCAGCAAGAAGGGGCUGGAAUUGUUGACCAUCUAUCGGGUGCUGAACAAGGCUCUCUUUCUGAAUCGGAAUCUGAAACUUCUGUAAAGCGUUUGGAGGAGCAGCAGGAAUUAUAUGAAGAUCCCCCUGAAACUCCUUAUAUUCAUUAUGCCGAAGAAGCAGAUGAAUUUGGAUCUGAAGGAGAACAAGUUGAAGAAUUAGCGGAGGAACAUAAAUCUCUAAUAUGGUUUCUAGUGAAGCAAGUGCGACCUGGCAUGGAUCUCUCAAAAGUGGUGCUCCCAACAUUCAUAUUGGAACCACGGUCUUUUUUGGACAAACUCACAGAUCCUUAUUACCAUGCAGAUAUUCUGUCCAAGGCUGUGUUAGAAGAUGAUGCAUUCACACGUAUGAAACUGAUAGUGAAGUGGUAUUUGUCUGGUCUCUACAAAAAGCCUAAAGGGUUGAAAAAGCCUUAUAAUCCUAUAUUAGGAGAAACAUUUCGCUGUUAUUGGGAUCACCCUAAUGGAUCACGCACUUUUUAUGUUGCUGAGCAAGUGUCGCACCAUCCUCCAGUGUCGGCAUUCUUUGUUACUAAUCGACAAGAUGGAUUUUGUGUUAGUGCUUCUAUUUUAGCAAAAUCAAAAUUUUAUGGAAAUUCCACAUCUGCAAUUUUGGAUGGAGUGGCCUUGUUAACACUUCUUCCUAGAGGAGAAGAUUAUACACUGACAAUCCCCUAUGCACAUUGCAAGGGUAUUCUUAUGGGUACACUGACUAUGGAACUAGGUGGGAAAGUAUUCAUAGAUUGUGAAAAAACUGGUUAUCGCACUGAAAUAGAGUUCAAAUUAAAGCCUUUUUUGGGUGGUGCUGAGCAAACCAAUGCCAUAUCUGGACGCUUGAAACUUGGGAAGGAAACAUUAGCUGCAAUUGAUGGAUAUUGGGAUGGCAGCAUUUUUAUUAAAGAUAGAAGGACUGGGGAGCAACAACUUCUGUGGAAGCCAACUCCAGAGAUACGAGCCCAGCGACUGAAGCGUUUCACUGUGCCUCUUGAGCAUCAAGGAGAAUUUGAAUCUGAAAAUUUGUGGCAGCAUGUGUCUGCAGCUAUAAGGCGUGAUGAUCAAACUGCAGCUACUGAGGAGAAAACUGUUUUAGAAGAAGCCCAGCGUGCAGCUGUUAAAGAACGUAAAAUGAAAUGUAUAGAAUGGAGUCCAAAAUAUUUUGAACAGGAUUUAGUGUCGGGCCAAUGGGUAUACAGACAUGCAGAUCUUCGCCCUUGGGAUCCACGGAAUGAUCUUUUGCAGUACGAGUAUAAUUACAUUAUACAAACAAAAACAAGACAUCGAACACCCAUGAUUCGAACUGCAAGCAUAGUUAGUGUAGAUCCUCAAAUGGUUCCACGGCAUGCAGCUGAUUCCCGCUCUUCCAUUACUGUCAUUAAGACAUCCAAACAUCAAAUCACAACUAAAGUUCAAGCUGUAGAGAGACAGAACAGUGGUAGUUCUUCACCUGAUGGAGAAUUUCAUAGCGAUUCCAGCCACUCUGAUAGGGACCGGUCACGUGCACAGCAUGUGUGCCUGUCAUCAAGUUUCAGCAAUAAGUUAGCAGAAUCCGUAGCAAUGAUGGAGAAGACUCUUCAAGAUCAUAGUGAGAAGCUUAAUCGUAUUCAGCGAGGUUUGGAGCAUGUAGCCAAAGUUCAAAGGGAACGUCCAGCCAACACUGCUGUUCUUCCAGGCCUGACUUCCAGCAUGGAUGUGCUUCUCACAAUGGGAGUAAUGAUUGUGUUACAGGUUAUUAUUGGAUAUUUCUUUUAUUACAGGCCAUGAACCCUAUUAUACCUAUCCAUAACAUUUUUUAAGUGUUGUUCCUACAAUUUGCUGCAACAUGAAUUGUGAAAAGGAAUUCCUCUCCUACCAUGCCAGAUUUGAACCACAUAAUGAGAAGUACUCAGGUUCAAGUAGAAGCUUUCCUGAAAAGGAAAUAUUAAAAAAAGGGAAAAAAAGAGACACUAUAGAUUAGUAUUUCUUUUUUUGUAUUUGUUUCAUUUCUUAAACAUGUGCAAUAUUCACAUCUUUACCAGUGGAGUUCCAAGAAACAUUUACAGUUUUGUUAUCGAUAUUAUAAUCUCAUUUUAUAUAUGCCACAUCCACUGACUUACUAUGAAUGUUGAUAAAAGUUUAGUGAGCAAUGUAUAUUUCAAUGAUUGUAUUGACAACCUGUUAUCACACAUUUUGAAAUGAAUUUUGCUUCAGAAAUCUCACUUUUUUAAGGAUACAUUUUUAAAAACUUACUCCAUUCCCAUGAAAGUUUGAGCCUUAUGUAAUUCCAUACAUGUACUCAGUAGUUUAUUUGCAGGUGCCUUGAAUCAUGUUCAUUUAUCAUCAAGUGUGAAAAUAACUGAUAAUAUUUUACAUUUUAUAAUUACCACAUUUCUUAUUUUUCAAUGAGCUACUUCAUGUGUUCGACAGAUAUGCAUUGAUUAUCUUAAAAACUACCUAUGCCAAGAAAAAAUUAUAUUUUCAAUCAAUAUUUGAUUACCGAUGUGUGGCCUGUUGUGUGCAAUAUUGGACACAAAAUGUUUUCUUGGUAUCCUUCUGUAAAUUGUGCACUAGCUUGUUAAAUAAGACAAACUAACUAGUCUCCUAAAUAGAGAAGUACCUAAAGUGUGAAAACUUGCUUAAACAUUCUGGAAAUGAUUUGCAUUUUCUUUUAUCCUGUUGCAUUUCAUAAAGAUUUCCUACAUUUUUCAUACAUAUUUGCAUCUCUGCCAGCAAUGUUUGUAGUAACCCAAAGAGGAAUAUUCAGUUGUCACUAGAUUAUUUUUUUAUAACGUGAAUGCAAGUGGAAAUAUUUGUGGAAUAUAUGAUUCAAUAGAAAAAUGUAAUGUGUCAACACACAUCAACAUUCUCAGGUUAUUGUAUAAACAUUGCAUUCAUGUAACGCUUACACUAUUUUUCCAGAAAAAUCUUUAAGCAUCGCAUAACAUUGUAUUAUAUAUUUGAGUACAGCCCAAAAAUGUUAACUAAUUGAUACACUGAAGUAACUAUUUAUAAUAUAUAUAAAUAUAUAAAUCUAUAUGCAUACAUUUUUAUAUUUUCAGUUUAAGCUUUUUAUUUGGCAACAUUACUAAAGUUUUGGGGGCCACUUGCCUGUAUGAACGUAAAGAAUUAGUGGGGUUUAAAUGAAAGUUAUGCAAUAAUUCCUUAUGCAUUCAUCUAAGAAAGUCAACAGUAUUAUACAUAAAUAUCACUUUCUUACGUAAUUAUAAGCAUUAGUAGUUCUGCAGAGGUAGACUAGUACAAAGCAUUCAAUAUAAAUGCACUGAUAAUAUUGCAAAUAGCAGUAAUACCCACUAUAAUAUUUUGGAUAUAAGCAACUUAGAAUGUAUUCCAAUGUUUAGGUGAAGUUGAUAUCGUUUAGAAAAAAAUAUUUACUAUUCAUGUACUUUUUUUUAAAGCCAUCUGCUCACAAGAAAUGUAAGUUAAUUUUGCUGCAAAUAUAAGCUUUGUGAAUUUAUGUAGGCAGUGUACAAUAAUAUUUAUAAUUUUUUGUAACAUAAGCUGCAAUUAGAGAUACAACAAAGUAAAUUUCUGAUUUAUGUAGAAAUUAUGCAAAUUGUAGGCAGAACCGUCCUAUGGCUGGGGUUAUACAGGGUGACUGUUAAGGUUUUCUUGAAUACUAUUCUGCAUUUCUACUAUUGUAAGGGCUUGAAACUUCAGCAUUUAAUAAUCCUUUUAAAUUAGCCUUUUUUGUACCAAUUUUCUGUGACAAAUAUUGAAGAAAAGCUGUCACUUAUGACUUAUUGAAUAUGAAUAUUUAUCUUGAAGAAAUCUCCUUUAUUAAUAUUCUUAUUUAUUAUUAUUGGUUACUAGUAAUAACUAAAGAAAAUUUAUUGGGAUCCGUCUUCUGGAGGAAAUCUUUCAGCUGAUGCUGCAAACAUGAAAUUGUCUGUUAAAAAAAUUAUAUUUAUUUGUUGGUUUAAGAAGGUGUUUUUUGUGUAUAAUAACUGGCUUAUAAAAUUUUGUGGACCCAUAUCUACUGAAGUAUAUAAUCCAGAGGUCUCCAAUAUUAUUUAGGAAAACAAAAUGCUGUAAUGAAUUAAUUUAGUUUGGGAGUUUUUGUGUAAAAGGUAAACAAUUUACAGAAAACACGAUAAGUUCUAGUAAUUUUUCUAAGUAAAUUUUCAUAAUAAACAUAAUUAUUUUUAUAAAUUAUUUUUAUUAGUAAAUAAUUAUUUGUGAUAAUAUCAAAGCAGUUAUAAUAAGAUUCUAAAGGUUUCAUUUUAACCUCUAAGAUGUUUUUCUCCAUUUCUUGAUAUAAAAAACAGUUAUAUAAAUAUCUAAUAUAGUUUACUUUGAAAUUUUGGUGAAUUUUAUUUCUGAGGAAUGUUUUUGCUGCCAGUUGAAAUAAAUUUUGGAGACCUCUGAUAUAGUGCAUUUAUAAAUGCAUUUCUCACUAUUUUUUGUAUGCUGCAAGUCUUCUGACUAGCUUAUUAGCAAAUGCAAAUGGUCAUGAGCAUAUAGCUUCCAUAUUGUAAAAUGUAUAUACAUAUGUAUACAUUUUUUUUAUUGUCCUAUGUAGAUAUGAAAUUGUGUUGUUUGUACAUAAAAUAUACUGUUUCAAUCAAUCAUAA